CUUCCACCUCCGUCCAGGCGCCGCUCGUUCUCCUGCUUCACUCGCGCCGCCCCAUCCGGUCGCGCCCCUCCGCCUCCCGCGCCCUUCGCCCUCCCCGCCUGCAAGCCGCGCCAGCCGCUCGCGCCCCUCAGCCGGACCCAGAAGCAGCAGCGAGCGACGACAGCCAUGCUCUCCGCCGCCGCCUCCACCAUCCCCAUGCUCCGCCUCGCGACCCAGCUGCGGCCGAGGCUCCCUUCGGCUAGAUACCACUGGCUACGGCCCCUCUCCUCCGCCACCCAUGUAACCCCUCCUGCGGCGGCGGGGGCGGGGUCGCUGGAGCCGCCGGACCUGCCCCGCCUCGCCAAAGCCGCACGCAUCUCGCUCUCACCGCAGGAGGCCGAGGAGUUCGAGCCUAAGAUUCGGCAGGUCGUCGAUUGGUUUGGGCAACUUCAGGCAGUUGAUCUUGAGUCCAUUGAGCCUUCACUUAGAGCUGGUACAGCUGCUGGUAGUUCUUUGAGGGAAGAUAAGCCUGAAACAUUUGUUAACACAGAUGCAAUAGUAGAGGCCAUUCCGAGCUAUGAUGAUCCAUAUAUCAAAGUGCCAAGAGUGCUGAACAAAGAAUGAUGUAGUCUGUAUAUGAAAAUUGUUAGAAUGUUGAAACUCUGAGCCAUUUUACAACACAUCAUGGUUAAACAAAACGAUGAAAGCUGUAAAAGGUUGAACAGAGCAAUCAGCAAGCUGAGUUGACUUCGUGUCAUUUCAAUUUGAUAACGUUGUAUUUCGAAUCGAGUGCUUGAGAUAGGACAGUUUUGAAACAUCUGCUUCAGGAGUUACCCUAAAAGGGCAGUUGUUUUAUGCUUUGUGACAUGCAUAGAUGACUGCGCAUCCCCAAGUUAAUCUGUUUCCAAUUCCUUGGAGAUUGUGCUCUAUAGUAAAACUGUGAAAGGUGUUGUUAAUCA